AUGAAUCCCCCCAACUCAGAUAUCCCUGAACCACCCCGCAGAUACUCAAACACUCAUAUCUACCGACAAGACUCCUCCGUCACACCGGGCGUCGACAACCUCGGCCCCUCAUCCAUAGGCGGCGGCAUCAGCGGCAUAGCAAUCGGCGUCGCAAAUACCCACAGCCGCCAGAGCGGCAUCCACGCUAUGAACUACCAAGACAAUGACUUGGAUGGAUACACCGGCCCCGCCGAACGUGGCUUCAACGCCACCGGCUCAGAUAAUCCCUACGUACCUGUUUCGCCGGAUACGGGAGCUGGAGUAGCAUAUGGGAGUGCCGAGUCCUUUCGCGCUGAACCGCAGAAUCCCUUUGCGUCGGGAUUGACGCUGGGGGAUGCGGCAACGCCGCCGGCUAUACAGACACCGCAGCAGUCGAGCGUACAUUUGAGUGAGGCCCGGCGCAGCUUCUAUGAGGGUUCUGUCUCUGGUGCGGGUGCGGGUGCGGGCGCGGCGGCGCCGGGGCCAUAUGGAGGGAAUGGAAACGGAGGUCUCGUGAAUGACGGCCCUUAUCAGAGGCAGUCGCAGUACAGUACUGGGAGAAUGAGUUUACCCGUUGAUAUCAAUCCCGAUGAGAUUGCAGAUGAUGGAGACGAUGAAUUUGGACAUGGGGCUAGGGCUGUUGCCACUGGUGCUGGGGCCGGGGCCGGAGCUGCGGCUGGAGCACAUACUGGAUUCUUUGGAGGGUUCUUUGGGACCGAGAAGAAUGCUGGUGUUUCUUACGAUUCUGUUCCCGGGGGUGGGUUGGAGGCCGGACAGGGAGGUAAGGGCAAGAAGGCAUUCGGCAUGCAGGGGAGGAAGAAGCGAGGAUUGAUUGUUGGCGCAGUGCUUGGAUUGAUUAUUCUCGCUGCUAUCAUCGGUGGUGCUGUCGGUGGCACGCUGGGGAGUCGACAUGACGGAAGUAACUCUUCAUCCUCGGCGUCGGAUGACGAAGCGUCGAAUGGCGUCCUUGAUAAGAAUUCGGCCGAGAUCAAAGCACUUAUGGGGAAUAAGAAUCUGCACAAGGUUUUCCCUGGCAUGGACUAUACGCCUUGGGGUGUGCAGUAUCCACUUUGUUUGAAAUAUCCGCCUUCUCAGAACAAUGUCACUCGUGACUUGGCUGUCCUGUCACAAUUGACUAACAAUGUUCGCUUGUACGGCACCGACUGCAAUCAGACGGAGAUGACCCUGACCGCAAUCGACAAGCUUGGACUAACCGAUAUGAAAGUCUGGCUUGGGGUUUGGAUCGACUCGAACACUACGACGACGAACCGACAGAUUAAUCAACUUUACGAUAUCCUAGACGCCAACAAAAACACCUCCAUAUUCAACGGCGUGAUUGUCGGCAACGAGGCGCUGUAUCGCGCGGGUCCAGACAUAGCCACUGCUGAAACGAACCUCAUCACCUAUAUCACGGAUGUCAGAGACGAAGUCAAGAAACGCAGCACCGACAUGCUGAUCGCCACUUCCGAUCUAGGAGAUAACUGGAAUGCCAAGCUCGUCGAGGCCGUCGACGUUGUCAUGUCCAACGUGCAUCCAUUCUUUGCGGGAGUCAACGUCGACGUUGCCGCUGCUUGGACCUGGGAUUUCUGGCAAACCCACGAUGUCGUACUCACCUCGGGCACAACAAAGAAACAAGUCAUUUCGGAGGUCGGAUGGCCCAGCGAUGGAGGCAAAGACUGUGGCUCUAGCCCGACCUGCGACUCCGAUACCCCCGGCUCUGUUGCAAGCAUUGAUAACAUGAACACAUUCAUGUCGGACUGGGUCUGCCAGGCUCUAGAAAACGGCACCGAUUACUUCUGGUUCGAGGCAUUUGAUGAGCCGUGGAAGAUUCAGUACAAUACCCCCGGUAAAGACUGGGAAGACAAAUGGGGUCUCAUGGACUCGGCGCGCAACAUCAAGUCUGGUCUUAAGAUCCCCGAUUGUGGUGGCAAGACGGCCUCAUAA